GGGGGUGGGAACUGGCUGGUGGCUGUGGGCUCGCAGGCUGUGCUUCUGUCGGGCCAGGUUUUGCUGAGGCAGGAGAAGAAGGAGCAAGCCAAGAGUAGGCAGAGGCCAGGUGGUAAGAAAAACAAGGGGGUACAGAGAAGGAUGUCUUCUGAAAGGAAGAAUGGUUCUGCUCUGCAGGUAUCAGACAGUUCUGUGUGUGAAGGUGGGCAGGCAGCAGCCAUAGUGGCAGGAGUGUGUUUGGAAAAGACUGUAGGCAAAGAGACAGGACAAGGUCAGCAAUCGUUUUGCUUAGGAACUGACUUGCAGAAGAAAUUGUCAGGAGAGACUGGCAGCCCAGAAACACCAAACCUCUCUGGUUUCCAGGAGAAUACAAGAUGCUCUGGAAAAAAACGCAAGCAUUCCUAUAUGGAAUUGAAAUUGCAAAUCCCAGCCUUGGAGGAGGAUCUUGAGAGAACAGAGAGGCAUAGUGUUGUUUCCUGUUUGUCAGAACCUGAGGUGCUGCAGCCUAGAAUGGGCACGUGUAGCACUGAAAUGAAAGGCACUGCCUCCUUAAUGAUACUGAAUCUGCAAAUCCCAGGUCUUAAGAGUUUGGGGACUGAGGAGUCUUUCUUGUCUGAACCAAAACCUCAGGAAGUGGUGGAUAAUCCAGAGAUUAUAGAUGGGUGUUCCUUAGAAAGGCUGAAAAAGCCAAAGAAGGGAGGAAAGAGGUACUUGACAAAGAAGGGCAGGCAAUCUUUGGUGAAAUCAGAACUACAGGGGGCAAGAAGAUCUGCCCUGCUAGAGCUGUAUACACAGUGUGUGGAGUCCAAGGAAAAUGCUGCAGUUUUAACAGAGGAAGACUCAUUGCCGUUACUAUGUGUGCAGGGCUUAAGUGGCCAAGAACAAUCAACAACUGAAGAGGAGCAGCACAAGUGUUGCAUCGUCGAGCAUCAGCUGAGCUCAGACCUUCAGAAAGGAGCAGAUGGCGUGCAGGAAAGUGCAAAGAAAAAACAGAAAAAAAAUAAACAAAACUCAGGUAUACAAGCUGUGAAGAAGUGUAAAAAAAAUCUCAUGAGAUCAGAAAAUCCCUGUGGAAAGGAGUCUCACUUCUUGGAAUCUCCUGCAGUUGAUGCAUUAACUGGGACACAAAGCAAGAUUUUUGUAUGCCAUCCUGAAACUAAAAGAUCUGGUGUACAGCGUAAAAAAAGAAAACCCAGAACUGAUUCUAUCAAGUGCAUGCAGAAUUUUAGCCUAACUACAGCUGAAAAAGCAAUGAAUUCAGAACAUAAUGAUGCUGAGAAUAGUAGAGACAGCCUAAACAGCUGUGACGACUUGCUGGAUGUAACAAGGAAGAACCCAUUUGUAAGAUUGGAGGCCUGUAGUUUCAUCAAUACAUUUGUAAAAUCUUCAAUGAAUGGAGCUACGAGCACCUUUAAUGUAAGUGGAUUCUUCCAUAAAGCCCAGGAUGAGAGGAAUUCCAUUAGUCCUGGCGGUACUGUAGAAUGGAGUGAUAUGAAUUGCAGCCCUAAUAGAAUGCAAGAUGAGAGAUCACUCAUUAAAGAUAGUUUAGUGUUUAAUAAAGAAGGGCAUUUUUCAUGCAACCAGAGCAAAAACAGUAAGUUCUCAAGGGAAAAAAAGCGUAGUACUGUUAGAAAGAGUAGAAAAAAGAUGAAAAUCACUGAGAUGUCAGCCAUGCAGACUGUUUUGCCGGAUGUUACUAAUGAAUGCAGUAAGCGUGCGUUACCAGCAGAAGCAGCAGUUGCCUCUUCAGACUCUUCUGCAACCUUAGGGCUAAAUAAUCAAGAAGUAUCUCUGUCAAAUGUGUAUGAUUGUGCAUCUCAUCUACAUACAGAAAGCAAUACUUCUGAAGCGCAGAAGAGUAGAAAGAAUAGGAGAAAGAACAGUACUAAACUACUUGCAUUUGAAGAUGGCUGUAAGAAGACAUCUGAUCUGUCUGUAGUAGCAGAAAGAAAAGAUUCAAACACUGUGGCAUCACAGUGCCACCCUGUUACCUCAGGUAGCCUGAGAGCACUAACUCAUGCCCAUAAUGUUUCUUAUCAUCACAACAGCAUGACGGAUGAAAAAUUAAAUAAAGUUAGAAAGAAAUUGCAGCAGUUUACCUGUCAACGAGCAAUACCUAUGACUGGCAAGCAUGUUUGGCCUAUUGAAUCUUGUGCCAGGACUUCUGGAUGGAUCCCUAAAAGUUGUGGGUCUGUCUCAGAAGGAAAAAUAAUUUUAAGUCCAGUCUUUGCAGAGUCCUCUGAUGAAAGCAGUGUAAAAACCAUAGGAAACAGUGCUGUGACAGGGAGUUUGAGACAGUUGGUUUUGCAUACAUCAUUGGCAGAAGUUAACAAAGAACCUGAACAUAAAAUAAUGGAUUUAAAUGCUGGAUGUCUAACUUCAGUUGAAAUCUCAGAAUCCUCUUCUGUGGGUAUUAAUGAGACUUGUAGAAUGAGCAGUGAAAAUGCGGAAUCACCAGUUAAUAUGGUUAAAAGUGCUGUGCCUUUUAACCCUGAUGAUAUGAAAGAAGAUGAAGCAACCUCAAAUUUUACAACAAGUGCAAAAGAUAAAGGAGCUGUAACAAAGAGAAACCCGUCGGUGGCAGGCCAGAAUACUGCAUCUAAAGGAAAACGAAACAGAGUAAACUUAGACCAUAAAGCAUCAGUUGUGAACCAGAUGCUUUCUGAUUUAAAACAAACAACAGUACUAAACACCAGAAACCUGACGAGUUUCAAAAUACCUUUACGCAGAAACAAACCUGAAUCUGGGACACUGGAACCUGUCAGUUCAUUUGAGAGUAAGACCUGUAGCCUACCAGAGCUUCUUGAUAGCUCUGGUGUUUCAGGAAGACAGAAAAGAGAUGAGGAGACUACCUCGAUAAAGGUUAAGCAGCAGCCUCCUCCUGUAGUAAGUGAUGCUCUAUCUACAGCUUCCGUGAAGAAAAAAGCUGAUGAGGUUAACAAUAAGGACUUUUGGCAUGAUGGCUCUGAAAGGCUUUCAGAUGAGAUGUCCACACUCCCUGAUCCUGUCUUUUUAUAUCCAUGUCGUCUUGAGAGGCAGUUAAAGUCAUCUGCACCUGACUUCUGUGGUACUGAAUGUGUAUGGAAAUCAGAGGUUUCCCAUCAUUCAGGGGAUACAGUUGACCACCGUGUUGCAUUAGAAAUACGUGAUGAUAGCACAUCAAAAGUCAAUCUUCCACAACACAAAAGUGAAAAGUUUCCAGAUGUUCUUGAAGCUUACAACAAAGAUGUUCUUGUCAUUGAUGUGAUCCAGGAUGACCCCGAUCUUUUUGGAACCAGUGGCGAAGAGGAGCUUACAGUCACAGACAGUGAAAAUUGUCCUGCAGAGGCAUGCUGUUCUAGCAUCUUCGUUAAAGAAGAAAAGCAAUGUCUGGAGUGUGCUGUUACUUCAGAAAGCAGUCAUUCAGUAAACGGUAAUUUUAGAGACGUUAAUAUACAAGAAUCUGGAAAGUCGAAUGAUGCUGAAAAUUCAUGGGAUUUGAUGCUAAAAGCUUCAGAUAUUAAAACCCACAAUUCCUCCAGUGGAAACAGUCCUAUGCGAAGUUUUACUGAGGACUCUUUUGAAGAUGGACAACUAACAGAGCUAGAUGAACUUCUAAAGAGUUUUGAAAUAGAUGAAAAGUUCAAAUUUGCAGAUGGAGUGGCUGCUGUGGAACCAAGUGAAAAAAGUGAAGCUGAAAAAAGUGACUGUAAAUACAGAGAUCUUGUGAACUGUGAACUGCUCUCAGAAUUGCCGUUGCAUGCCCCGAAUGUAAACAAAUUCAGUGAAAGUAUGCUGCAGAAACCCUGGAAGAAUGAUUUUAGAUUCUCAGGAAAAAGUCUUUCACUGCCCCUGCAAACUUACAGAGAUUCUGAGACAGGGAAGACAGACAAAAAUAUAAAAGCUUCCCAUUCAGUCCAGCAGAUCCUGGAGAUGAUUAACUUACCCCGUAGAUACUGCAGAUUUUAUUUCAUGACUUUGCGUGGCUGUGAAAGGUCAAAAUGUUGGUUUUGGCACGUUCCUAAACGAGGGCAUGAAAAGAUUUGCAUGGCAAUACUUAAGACAUACAUUAGUAUCAAUGAAUCAGGCCUUCUGAAACGUGCAGUCCAAAUAUUUGCCAGGUAUUACAGAGAAGUUACCCCUGGUGAGAAUUUUGAUUUUCAAGUGCUGAAUGAUCUUCUCAUUUGUUUGCUCAAGAAAUGUUUGUUGCAAGAAGUGUUCCAGAUGUUGAACGUAACUGCACAGAUUAAUACACUACCAGCUUUAGAAGUUCUUCUCAGAGUUUUUGAAUGUGUGGCUUCCUUGAAUGUAAGAGAUGCUGUGCCUACACUGAUCAGUAGCUUUUGUAAGCUCGUUGAUGCUGGUAUGUUUCUUGAGUAUGAACAUUUUAACUACAUAAUUAAACUCCUUCACCAAUUGCAAGUCUCGAGCCAGGAAAUAGAUACUGUUUUGAACAUAAAAUGCAGAUUUCAGGAAAUGCAUUUUAAAAGCAACUGGCUGUUUGACUUUAAUUUGGUAAUGGCAGAAAUUCAGCAUUGCAAGGAAAAGAAUGAUUGGGCCAAGUUGGGAGCUUUGUAUGUUAAUGCAAGAACUGCAUGUGAACAUUCUGAUGAUCUUCAGAAAUUGUCUUUAUGCAUUACUGAAAUACUAACAAAAGAUUCUGAGAAAGACAGACCAGGAGUUCCUUUUUGUGAUUUUGCUGAUGCAGUAAUAAAAAAUUCCCAGUGUAACGAAGCAGACAGAAUUUUCAUUGGAAGGGCUGGGAUAAGUGUAAUGAAUUCUUAUCGCAGAGUACUGCAGUGGAUAAAGGGAAGGAAGGUUCUGGAUAAAUUGCAAGAACUACAGAUACAUUUUACAGUUCUGAAAGGACUUAUUGGGUCAGAGAGGUUAGCAUCAAGAUGUCAAAUUGUUAAUACUGCUGCAGAAAUUUUUCUUGAAACAGAAAGUUUAGAUGGAGCGAUACGGGUGUUGAGAGAGUCCGAGUGGAUCACCAAUGCAGCACUGUGGCCCUGCAGUGAAAGUGACAUCAUCAGCCGACAUAACCUGUUAUUUUCACUCAUGCACAAAUACCUGAGGCAGAGUUGCUACAGGCAGGCAUUUGAAGUUCUGCAGAACUUGCCAGGUUUCCAAAAUGGCUGUGAUACUGUAGAUGUUUCUCAGUACAGCCACGUUUUUAACAAGCUGUUAAAUGCCUGUUUUGAGAGCAAGAACCUCGGGGUCUUGUCUUCUGCUGUAGACUUCAUGCUUUCCAAGAAUAUAGCUGUUGAUUUUUUCUUACUUAGAGGACUAAUCACAGGUUUGGGAAGAAGUUGUUUGUGGAGUAAAGCUCGAACCUACUACAAAACUGCUUUGUCGUUGGGUUGCUACCCCCCGCUGGAGGGAAAUCUACGUCACAAAAUACUGCCAAUUCCUUUUUACGUGUCUGAAGUUGAGAUGCUGUUGGCCAUUGAGUUAUUCCUCGUUUCAAAUGCCAGUGAUAUUCAGAGUCCAGGAGCUACUACUCAGAGUUUUCAAAUAGUACUGAAAAGAUGUGAAGACCAGGCAGUUAAGAAUAGCAGUGACUAUCAAGCAGGAAGGGAGAGACUUAUCCUGGCUGCUCGUCUAUCUGAUCCAAAGCUCUUUCUUCGGCACAUGACAGUGAACGUUAAUAUGGAAGAAGUGUACAGCUUGGAGCUCACAUCUGCUCUCAAAUGGCUUAAGGAGAAUAUGAAAUGGGCGGGCAAGGCAAAGCAAGCUCCCCACAUCAUUGCUCAGAAGUUAAGAAGAGGUAACUGAUGCAUCCGAAUCCAGCUUUCUGUCAGUACGGUUUUUCUCUCUAUCACCAAGAUAAACAAGUAGGCAACUCAAACAGGUUUACUGUAAGUCUUAGGCUUCACACUUUCUGAGUCCACUCGGAAUACUGUAGAAAUCUGGUCUUUCUGAUGUGUAUCAGGACUUGAAAAAGGUUUACUGAUCAACAUUCUCAGUACCAUUUUGGCAACAGGAACUCCAUUGCUAAAUAAGAUGUAACGGGUGAGCAAAACUCCAGUGCUGAAUGAAAGGAGCCGGAAAGGAUGAAGAAGUGUUCCAAAGGAGAAAGUUAAGUACAACAAAAACGAUACGGUUUUGCCAAGUCAGCUACCAUAGACAGUACCCAUCUAUUUUCUUUGCCCCAAGUAUAAGUUGCUGUUUCUUAGUAGGUGAAAGAACCUCUGUGUUAGAAAUAAAGCAACUCCGUUAUUAGUUUUAUUUUCCCCUGUGUUGGAGACAAAACGUACACUUGUUUGCAGAUGGAGAGAGAAAAAUGUGGGAAAAAAAUCCCAUGCUGCACUUAGUAGCUACAUCUAGAAAAGCUGUGCUUCUGCAGUGCUUUUUUAGUUACAGUGUAUGAGAAAUGUCUUUUUUCUCUAUGGAAACCUUUUGUCCGUUUUCACUGAUUACAGUGUAUAUAUUUUGGAAAUAUUACUUUUGUAGGUAUGGACAGUUUCUUACAAGGAAAACGGAAUAAUGUCGUUUGGAAGACUUGGAACAAUUUCGUUUCAAAGCACUGAUAGUUUUGAGGGUAUUUUGAAACCCCCAUCUUUGUUGGAAGUGAGAGGUUGGAAAUCGAAGCUUGUUGGUUUAUAUGAUGUUUCAUAUUGUAGUAGAGGGGGGGAGGGAGGGUCAUUCUGGAGGAAUUGUUAAGAUGUUAAUAAAUGUUUUAUUCCUUGUGU